UGAUUACUUAAUACAAUUAUUAUAAAAAUGGCAAAAGAGCACAUUUGUAAUUAUGAAGGAUGAGGCAAGAAGUUUGCAUCCAAUAAAAAUCUCAAGGAUCAUUACAGGACACAUACUGGGGAAAAGCCUUACGAGUGUGAGAUAUGACAUAAGCGUUUUGGUCAGUACUCAACUCUGCAUAAACAUAAAAGAGUCCAUGAUAAAAAGCGUCCAUACAAGUGCGAGUAUGAGGGAUGCCACAAAACUUUCACUCAAGUGUCUAAUUUGAUUAGACAUCGUCGGACUCACACAGGAGAUAAGCCUUAUCAAUGAAAAGUCUGAAAUAAGAGGUUUUCCUCUAGCUCUAAUUUGAAUCAGCAUAUGACAAUCCAUAAGGACAACAAGAACAGGAAAAAGUUCAAGUGAAGCAUCUGUCUCAAAGACUAUCUCUAUCCUAGCAGCCUUAGAAAACAUCAAGAGAUGGAACAUAAAAUGACUAAAGAAGCAAUCAAGGGAGUUCAAGAGAAUCCAAAAGAAGAAAUCAAGACUCAAUCCCAUCUUGAAGAGACUAAAACACCAACCAGGCCUAAACUUAACCCAAAGGCUAAAAAUAUUGUCACCAAGAAGAAGAUCGAAUAUGAGGAGAAGGAUGAGAAUCCAACCCAAUAUAAAGCUGAAAAGAUUUCUAUUGGUGCACCCGAUCAUGCUAAUUCACAAGAAAAGAGCAAAAUUCAGGAACCUAAUAAAGUCUUUAGAGGCCAUGUUAAGCCUAAUCCAGUAAGACCUCUCUUCAAAUUCGGUGACUAUCAAAGGGAACCACCGAAUAUCUUUAAUCAUGCAGGUGGAAGUGAUAUGAACUGUAAGACUUUGCCAAUGCCCCUUUCCAGUGGGGAUAACACUAAAAUAAGCUCUCCCAACCAGUUUUUACCUAUUGGGCUUGGACAGUACUCCAACCAAAGCAAUAUGGGAUAUCAACAGAUUAUGAAGAUGAUUCAGGACAAUAAAACAGAGAGUAAUUACAGGAUAAAUACUAUGUUCUUGAACCAAUCUGAUAAGCAAUCCUGUAUCUCUGGUGGUAGCGGGAGUGUACCUACUUUCACAUUCCAGAAUGAUGAUGGUUCUUUAAAAUCUGGGUCUGUCUCUAAACCCUUUUUGAACGAACCAGUUAUGCAAACCUCAAUGGGCCAUUCUCCAGAUACUGUGGUUAAUAUCAGUAAACCAAAAUCUCACUACUCAUCAGCGACGUUUGAAAUGAGAAAUCCAAGGAUGAUUUCAAGCAAGUUCAAGUCAAUCAAAGAUGAGGGAAAGAAUGAAAGAUCUCUCUCAAGUGAUAGGAGUUCUCCCCAUAGAGACAAUAGCCCUCCAGACAUGAAACCUUAUGGAAGCAAGGGAGAUAUCAUAAGAAAUCGCUUACAAGGAAUCACUAAUAAGCAGUACAUUAUUGAGAACUCGUCUCUUAAGUCAGAGACUUUUGGAGAGAACCUUUCUGCUUCUUUAAAAGGAGGUUUCCCAGGUUUUGGAAUCAAAAAGGAUGAUGAAUUCAACAGGUCUAAAUUUAGUAUCUCAAGUAAAGACAGUGUGGCCAAGGCAUUUGGCACGAUGAAGUGUGUUGCAGAAAUAUCACCUCUUGAGCUAAGAAAAAUGGUGCCUGACUUGGAAGAAUGACAGAAAAUAUCAAUAGAAGCUUUUAAAUGAGAUAACAGCUGUGUUAAUGGUGGAAAAUGACCAAAUGACAUGCACCGAAAACUCCAAGAAGCAAUGAUGAGAUCAUCGCAAAAAGAUUCCAUGAGCAUGAGUAAUAAGUUUUAAUGGACUCUCCUAUUUCAA